AUGGCAGCCGGCGAUCCUGUGACUCAUAGGGUUUCAACGAAACGCCAGCAGUCACGAGACGACAGCGAAAGCCGGCCGAAGAAGAAGGCAAGGCCGUCGAAGCUUGAAGUGUCCCGGCACGAAAGACUCAUGGUCUCCUUGCAGAAGUGUGCUACUAAGAGUAGCCUCGCAGCCCCUCCUGUUGCGAUUAAGAAGGGCCGAAAAGAACAGCAAGAAACCGAAGUCGCAAAGGAAAAGAAGGAAAGCAAGGAGAAGAAGGAAGUCAAAGAGAAGAAGGAAAGCAAAGAGAAGAAGGAAAGCAAAGAGCAGAAGGAAAGCAAAGAGCAAGUCAAAGAGAAGAAGGAAAGCAAAGAGCAGAAGGAAAGCAAAGAGCAGAAGGAAAGCAAGGAGAAGAAGGGAAGCAAAGAGAAGAAGGAAAGCAAAGAGCAGAAGGACUGCAAGGAGAAGGAGGAAAGCAAAGAGAAGAAGGAAAGCAAAGAGAAGAAGGAAAGCAAAGAGCAGAAGGAAAGCAAGGAGAAGGAGGAAAGCAAAGAGAAGAAGGACAGCAAAGAGCAGAAGGUCAGCCAGGAGCAGGGAGGAAACAAGGAGAAGAAGGGAAGCAAAGAGCAGAAGGAAAGCGCAGAGCAGAGGGACCACAAGAACAAGAAGGACAGCAAAAGGGGAGUGCAGGAGGCAAGCAAGGAGCAGAAGGAAAGCAAGGAGAAGAAGGCAAGCAAAGAGAAGAAGGAAGACCAGACGGCCAAGAAGCGGAAGAAGGAAGGCACAAGCAAGCAGGACGACAAUGAAACGGCGGAAGCCUUCGAUGAGGUGGCAUUCCUGGAGGCGGAGCUUGCAGCUCGGGAGCUAGCGGAAGCCCAAGAGGACUCGGAGGUUUCAGAUGGCGAGGCACCCGAAGCUUCGGAAGAAGCCAAGGACGAUGAAGAGGAGGACGAGCCAGAGCAGGAGGAGACCAGUGCUCCAAGGACCCCAGGUGCCGGCGCUUUGGACAGUGACGAGGAGCUGCCUCAGUCGCAAGAUUGUGUCUUGGACGAAGAGGACAUGCAGUCCGACUCGUCAAGCGACCAGUCGGAGGAGAACGUGGACGGCGACUCCUUGAGUGACGCUGAGGACACAAAGGCGUUGAGUACGGCCGUGGCGACUGAGCCCGUUCGGAACAGUGCCACACACAGGAAGGAAUGGGCGGUUUUUGAUCGUGCCAUUAAGAACCGCCAGAAGUUCCCCGUCGCUCUGAGCAACUAUGCGAGCAAGUCCAAGACGGAUUUGUUUGCUGCAUGGCUCGAUUGCAAUGGCAAUUGGGAUGUUCUUGCUAUUCAGGGAAAGGACUUGAAGACAAAGUACACAGACGAGGCAGAAGACUUUUCCGUUUCCGGUUGCACAGUUCAGGCUGAACACAUUUGCCAGGCAAUGUACAAGCAAGUGAUUGCAGCAAGAAAAGCCGAAGGCCGCUGGUACAAAGACAAGGACUUCCCCGAGAACGAAGAUGAAGCAUGGUAUUACAUGCCGAAGGGCCACCUGCUGCGGCUUGACAAUGCCACGAGCGAAGAACAAAAGUUGUCUGUCGAACAAGGUAUGGAUGAGGACUUGGCGAAGGUACUGGAGGAGAACAACCUGCUUCAGGCAGGCACCUUGCCUGCGGUACACGCAGCCACUGAGGCUGGCGAGAAGGCGCUUCUGGCCUUCUUCGAUGAGGGUGCUGCUGUGGCAAAGCGAACACCGAAACCCAGGAAGGACAAGGAGUCAACGGAGGAUGCCAAGGAGAUGGAACCGAAGACCGUGCGCCAGCUGGUGGCAGAAGCGAAGCCGGAGAUCCUGAAGGAUGCUUCGAAAGCUCGGGAAACCUCCCUCACCCUGAACAACCUCAACUACGGUGAAAAGUUGGCCGAACAGCUGCUGAAUUACUCCAGGCAGAUGGAGCUGACCUACAAGAGGCUAGCUGAGCUGGAGGCAAAGGAGAGCACCGAGGAUGCCGAGUUGAACAAGUUUCUGAAGUAUGUGGCCAAGAAGAAGCCAUGGUUCCAGCAAGCCCGCUCACUGAUCUUGCGUUGCUGCGGUGUGCGAGUUUUGUUGGAUCUGUGUGCGGAACACAUGCUUGCUAAGGCAGCAGCAAACGGCCUGCAGUCUGGAUUGAAAGCAAAGAAGAAGAAGGCAGGAGCCAAAGCAAGCGCCAAAGGUGCUGCUGCGAAGCCUGCCGCAAAAGCGGCUGCUUGA